UACAGGUAAACUUUGGGGGCUGUGUCAAGGUGUACUGGGCCUACCAGAGUUGUCAUGUCAUGUCUACACGGUUAUCAAAACGUUGCACACAAAAAAAAUAAUCUUAAGCUAGCUUAGCGUGUGCACACUAACCACACACGAACUCAACCUGUCGUUUGCAAAUGACAAAAAAUAGUUGUGUUAAAAUAAAAGACUGUUUGUUUUAGCGUGGAUCACUUAUCUUGAAACCACUGAAGCGGAACGACUGAUGAAAACUUAAAACAUGGACCAGGAGAUAGAAAGCUCAGGAGAGAAUGACCAACUGACCGUCCAGAAGAAGUGGAAAGUUGACAAAGAAAUCGCCGAUAAAUUAAGCCGAGAAAACGAACCUUCUAGGUUAAUCCCGCUAGCCAAAUGGGUGGUCACCUUGAUACUGGGUACGGUCAUCACGUGUCUGUUCGUCUCGACUAAGCUCUCCUUCAUCGCUCUGUCCAGUCUACUGUCCAGUGCCAAACCAAAGAGUCAAACAUUUGACCAUGUAGAAUGGACACGCUACAAUGGCCAGUUUUUUGUCAUCUACCUGGCCAUCACUAUUCCAUACUUUCUGCUCUUUGUUCGGGCCGUGUGGAUGGCCAUAAAACCCAGCGUCUCCGAAUGGCCGAGAAAAUGCGUUAUCCUAUGUUGUGUUGUGGCCGGUACUUUAGAACCACUUGGCAUCGUCAUCCUUGCUCUCAAAGUACUGCCGGCCUACAGUCCCGUGGUGUCUGCUUGCCUUCUCUGCUGUGUGGUCGUCCCGUCCUUUGUCAUAGCGACCGCGGAGUCGUUUCUGGAUGGGGAUCUUCUAAGGUGGAAGGUUCUCAACGUGUUGGCUACACUGCUCAUGCUGAAAACCAGGCCCCUCUUACUUCAAGCAAGCUCAACAAAUAUUUCUAUAAACAACUCCGAGAGGAGAAGACAUCAAAUUUUUUUCCUACAAAACACAGACCAAUUAACAACGUGGAAAACUUCCGUGAUCCUGUAUUUUGUCAAAAUUCUGGCCACUUUCGUUUUCUCAUUCAUAUUUUUCUACAUCGAUUCUGAAUUCCCGAUAAACUUCAACGAAGAAUUGCACUCAGCUUUUUUGGCCGGGUGGGAUUUUGAUGUCAGCAUACAAAACGAUCGAACUUGGGUUAACUUUGGUGUGAAUUUAUUUGGCGGGCUAAUAUGUUACGUCCUGGUCUUGAUCGUCUGCCACACAAACACCCAGAGAGGUUGUCUGGGAGUGCCACACGUGCUGUCCUUGCCCUUAGUUGUCACAAUCGUCUGCGUGGACGUGUUCUGUCAAAGUUUCAUCGACUUGCAAGAUUUCUGCGCAGGCAAUGAUGAGCGUUUGUACAUUGUAUUUCCGGUAGCCUUUAUUCUAACUCUUGGACAGUCUUUAGGGCUAGGCAGACAUGCAUUCAGGAGAGAAAAAAUUCAUCUGCAGAAAGAAAAAGUGCUUUUCUGGAUACCCGGCUACAAUGGCGCCAUAUUGGACUCGUGGCUGCUUCUAGACCGACGUCAGACGAUCAGAGCUGGACGGUGGUCAAGACGAGACAAAAUCAAACACUUGAAGCCCCGCGUCUACAUCUGUACCACCAUGUACAGAGAGGAUGAAAGUGAAAUGAAACAGCUACUGGAAUCUCUAGCAAAAGUGAACCUCGCCCAGCAGGAUGGUGAGACUUUGUUCGAGUCUCACAUUGUGUUUGACGGUGGGGUCACCAACGGAAAGUUCUCGGAGUUUUCACUGAUUCUCAUCUCGUUGUUGGAGGGGACGUUGAACAUCCAGCCCUCAACAUGUACGAAGACUGAGACGCCAUACGGUGUGAAGUUAAGUUGGCAGCUGGUCAACCCCAGGAAUAAACAGAUGCUGUUUAACAUCCACCUCAAGGACAACACCUUGGUCAAGAACAAGAAAAGGUGGAGCCAAAUUAUGUACAUGUCCUAUGUGCUGGACUUUCUGUCGAAACAAGAUGAACUGAACGAACAGACGUACAUCCUGACGACAGAUGCUGACGUCAUGUUCACACCACAGUCUGUUGAGGCUCUGCUGGACCUCAUGUCACGAGACAAAUCUAUAGGGGCUGUUUGUGCACGGACACACCCCAUGGGGUCAGGACCCAUUGUCUGGUACCAAAUUUUUGAGUACGCCGUUGGGCAUUGGUUCCAGAAGGCAGCCGAGCACGUCCUGGGCUCUGUCCUGUGCGCCCCUGGCUGCUUCAGCGUGUACCGGUGCCGCGCCCUACGGGACACCCUGCCGAAAUACUGCAAGAAGGUCGAGUCGGCCUUUGAUUUCCUCACUAAAGACAUGGGCGAGGACCGGUGGCUGUGUACGCUAAUGGUACAAAGUGGUUGGAGGAUCGAAUACUGCGCCGCCUCAGAAAACAGCACCAACUGCCCAGAUAACUACGAGGAGUUCUUCAAACAGAGAAGACGCUGGAUCGCAUCCACCCUGGCUAACCUCAUGCUCAUGAUCAAAGAGUGGAAGUAUGUGGCCCUGUUCAACCCGAAAGUUUCAGCCGUGUUCCUGCUCUACCAAGGGCUGCUACUCUUCUCAACGAUGAUCGCCCCUAGCAUGGUCAUACUAGUUGUCGCAGGUGGGCUGGCUUUUGCCUGGGACAUGAACGUCAUCACCAGUAUAGUUCUACAGCUGUGUCUAAGUCUCGUGUUUGUGGCUGUCUGUAUAUUCACAACACAGAAGACACAAAUGCUGGUUGCUAAGGGAUUCACGUUUGUCUACGCGAUCAUCAUGUGCGCAGUGACGGUCGGCGCAGCUGAACACAUCGUCCUUGACCUGUUUGAGAACCCGGUUAUGAAAAACGUUGUACCACAUAAUGUAACGCUAACAGAAUUCGCCACGACCAAACGACCCAACCAGCACAUCAGCGACAACGUGGAAGUGUCAGUGACCACGGCCUACCUGCUGUUCCUGAUUGGCAUAUUUCUCCUGGGCGGUCUGCUCCACCCCCGGGAGGUCUACUGUCUGCUACAUGGGGUCUGGUACCUGCUGUGUCUGCCGUCGGCCUACCUCAUCCUCAUCAUCUACAGCGUGUGUAACCUGACGGAUUCCAGCUGGGGUACACGUGAAGAUAAAUCAGCCACUGGCGAUGUUUCGAAGUUCGAACUCAAAAACUUCAUCAUCCGAACUUUUUACUCCAUUUUCUUUUGUCUGCCAAGAAAAGACAAGCAAGGGGUGGAUGUCGAGGUGCAGACGACUUGUUCAAGUCUGCGACAGGUAUCUGUGAUGGAUGACGUCGAUGGGAACGAUACAGAACUGGUCACAUUGAUUUCAGGAUUUGAUGGCGUCAAAGACGUGUUCGGUCCUGGAGAGUUCAUCCCAGUUGACCAGUGGCUGCCGGCUGAAUUUUCUGAGAAGUACUCCACCAUGUUUAUAGAGCGAGGUUACGACAACACCCUGUUUAUAAAAGGUCUAACUGAGAAGGAUCUCAGAAAAAUGGGGCUGCAAAACCGUGGUCACAUUCAGUAUCUGAUGUCCCAGAUUUCUGCGAUACCAGCUUUUGAGAUCGAGUACAAAGUUCCGGUCAACGUCCGAGACUGGCUCUAUGAGAUAGGUCUGGGGAUGUACCAGGAGAACUUUGAACGGUGCCACAUCAGGACGCUGAAGGAGAUGGAGAUAUUGAAGGGGUUCGAUGCCAGAGCUGUGGACAGGGAGUUGGGGAUCAGGAAGGAAGGUCACGUGAAAAGACUUUUGUACGCCAUACGAAUGUUACGAGACCCUACAGAAACUCAGCAACGCGCCAACGCAACCCGUCAAAUCAUGGAGAAAACAAAACUGCAUAAACUGCAAGAGGUCAACAACGAGGAAUUCGAGUUCUGGGAAAAACUGAGAAAAACUUGUUUGGAGCCAGACCUCAAGGCGUUUGGCAUCGACUCGGAGAUCGCAAUAAACCUGGUUUCUCUGAGAAACGAUUGGCUGAUUUCUAUGGCUGUGUCAAACAGUUUGUGGAUCAUACUUAUAUCCACCGUGUCUACAAAGGAUAACCUCAGUGUACUAGGUUCGAAUCCACUGGAUUUAGUUUUCCUGCUCAUCUUCGGUCUAGUGUUCCUCAUCCAGUUCCUGUGUAUGCUGGUCCACCGUGCCAACACGCUGUGUCACAACAUUGCACGCGCUCCUUACACGUGCGGCAAGCCACUAGAGACCAGCUGGUCAUUCAAGGAUAAGUUUGAGACGAAAGAGGAAGAAGACCUAUAUCAAUCAAUCCGCGAAAUUAACUCAGAAGUUACUAGGUCUAGACGGUUGGCAGACUCAACAUAUGGCGCCACACAUUCAAGUUACAUAAGAGUUCAGGACGAUGAUGAAGCUUAA